GAUCCCAUUAAUCUCAUAGCUUCAAAUUAUGUAAUUAUCACCAAUUCUUUCUCAUGGGUCCCUCCCUCCUCCUCCUUCUUCUUCUUCAUAGUUCCUCAUUUUCUCUCUUAGCUUAAAAGCAAAAUCCAUCCUCUCAUUUGCAAUCCACAACAUGAAAAAACUAGACCUUUUUUGCAAAUCUAGAGCUUCCACGGCGGUUCGUUCAAGUUUCGGCCGACGUCCGGUCACCGGAGAUGCUCAUUCCGGCGAUCGGAGAAAAGGGCAGCUUCAUUUUGAGAAUCAUAGAAAGAGUACGAGCUGUUCCAGCACUGUGAAUCGAAAGGAACUUAAUGAUUUACGAAGAAAAAGCUGUGCUGAUGCUGAUGAUUUGAAGAGCCCUGUUUCCGGUUCCUCUGCUCGCUAUCUUUUGGGUGAUGCGCCGUUCCUUGAUUGGUUUCCAGCGGCCUCCGGCGAUGAGCCUCCGGCACCGGUGCCGGAGAAAAGGAAGAUAAUAAGCCACAAUUCACAGAAAUCUUUUUCGUUGAAUCGUUCUUUGACUGUUCAUGAAUAUCGCGGCCUCAAGUCUCCUUCCUCUGUUCUUGAGUCCCCUGUUUUGAAAACAUCUUCUUUAACUCAAUCUCGUGAUCAGGUGGUGGUUUUGAAGGUCUCAUUGAACUGUAGAGGCUGUGAAAAGAAGGUGAAAAAGCAUAUCUCAAAGAUGGAAGAUUUGAGUUGAUAACGCCAAUCAGUAGAAGGGGUGAAAUGUUGAAUGGGAUCGUUCGUACAAAGGUUUUAUGAAUCUGCAUUCAAACGGUGUGUGGUGGGUAAUAAUUUUGGACGAAGAUCGAUGAUUAUGUUUUUGAGGAAAGGAUUGUAGUGGAAGAGAAGAGAUGGAAGAAAAGAGAUGAUUAAAACUUCCGAAACAGUGAGAAAAUAAAUGCAUGCGGAAGGGAAAGGUGGGUGGGCACUCAAAGUGAACACAUUUCUCCUUUUUGCUGUCUGCUGGAUUGUCUUUCCCCCACUUAACUAACAACAUUCACACUCCCUAUUUCCAAAUUUCCAUCCAAAUCUUAUAUAUUUUCAUUUCUUUUCCAUUUUUGUUGUCUUUACCAAAUAUUAUAUCCAAAUCUUAACUACUUUUAUAAUAUUUUAAUCC